AUGGGAAGCAUUCGAGAAAAGACGGAUUGGAUGAGGAAGGUCAUGGACGAUGUGAUUGUAGCGAAGUGGAAGGAGGAGCUGACGAAUCCCGUCCGGCCGGCGAAAGCUUAUUUCGUGAGGGGAGAAAGGGACGUGUCGCUUGACGAUCCCGCCAGCGUGGUUUCAUUCUUGAGGGACAACGGCAAGAGGGUUGUCAAGGUGGACCCUGAUCUAGUCGACUACGCCAUCAAGGAGCUUCGCUGGCAAGCCUCCACUCACCACCCCUCCUCUCCGGCUAUUGCAGUCACACCAGUCAUGCCAGUCAUGCCUGAAGUCCUGCCAAGCGCAGUGGACGGCGUUUACCUCAUUCCGUCCGCCUCCUUCCCGCCUGACAUUCUCCAGCCGUUUCUGCAAGGCAUGCAUCGCCUGGAGUCUGUUCCUGAGGAUCAAAUUGAUUACCAUCCAGGGUCGAACAAGCAGGUCAUUGACUUGGUCCAUCCGUCACUCCACUGCCUGGUGCACGGCCGAACCAGAGUCAUUACCGAGCCUGGCUACACCACUCUGGAUGUCCUGCCGUGGGACCAGAUGGUCAGUGAGUUAGGCUCGGUUGCCGAUGCUGGUGAAAUUGCAGGUUUGGCAACGGAUCCGGAGGAGGGAAGUCGGGCUGGGGUGAGGAGGAGGGUGGAAGACGAGUUUUUUUCAGAUACAUUUCAAUGGCUGCCAGCAGAGAUUGAUGUUUCUGCGGACGGGCAGCAUGCAAAGUUCCGGUCAUACAUCAACAAUCUGCAUCCGCUCGAGUUUGCAGAGACGUAUCGAAGCCUGGAGAAGAUAUUUGCCUUGGCAUUCGUGCCGCUAUUCAAUCAGGUGCUGACAGAUUCUGCCAACCCACGACCACUGCGGAUCACUGCCGACCCGUACAGCUGGUAUGAAGGCUGGAGGGGUGAUCGGGAGUAUGACUUGAGUGAUGAUGACGACAACGAGGCAUAUAUAGAAGACAGGGAACCCAUCCAGCCGGAGGUUCCGGACUUCUCACCUCCCCCAGAACCACCCAUGGAACGGGUGGUGAAACUGCAGGGCAGACGGUUACAGGUGAUUGUGAAGAUUGCUUCCAUCUGCCUCACCCCAGACCAGCCCAACACGCGUGCCUCCUCAGCAGCUUGCAUGGAGGCGCAACGAGCUGGACAGGAAAGGGAACCCAUGUCGGAGCCUGCCUUGUCUUGCACUUGA